GUUCAGUGGUUGGAUCAUCUUGAUGCUGCUGGCGAGGCUUCAGAUCGCGAGCCGGCCGUGGCUAACCCGCGGCGCCGCCACGUCGGGCCCCACGAAGCUACGCCCAGAGCGCUUCGUCGACCUCGCUCGGCUCUUCCAGAGCGAGCAGCAGACGCACCGUGAAUUCACCAAGAUGCCAUCGCGCUUCGCCGUGCCGACAUGCCCGCCGUGGCCCAGCGACGUGCAAGGCACGACGAUCAACGUGUCGUUCUACCGCUCGUCUCAUAAGCGCGGCCUUCUCAAGCCGGGUGUCGUUGCCGCGCUUGACGCCAUCGGCUUUGUCUGGGACCUCAGCGAGUUCAAGUGGCAGUGGCGCAUGCGGGCGUUCAAGACGUACCGCGAGUUGCACGGCCACACCAACGUGCCGCAAGCCUUUACGGUACCCAGCGAUGAUCCACGCUGGCCUUCGCACACGUGGGGGCUUCCGCUCGGCGAGAUCGUCCACAACAUGCGGACAGGCGCCAUGGCAAUCCGGAAAGACCAGCGCGCGCAGCUGGAGGCGAUUGGGUUUGUCUGGGCAGCCAACAAGUACAGCUGGACCGAUAAGCUCGACGCGCUCAAUGCGUUUCGCGAGCUGCACGGCCACGUGAACGUGCCGCAGAUCUUCCAGGUCCCGUCCGAGAGCCCCGAAUGGCCGCCAAACACGUGGGGUCUCAAGCUCGGGGCCGCAGUGCGCAACUUCCGCAUGCGCAAGAAUGUGAUUGCAAAAGACAAGUACAGCGACCUCGAGGCGAUCGGGUUUCUGUGGUCGACACGGCAAAAGGCCGACAAAUCUCAAAUUAAUCACUAACGUCGUUAGCAAGUACUACUGGUGCACGC